GUGGUGAGUUUUCCCGUGGAAAGCACUGACUCAAAGACCACAGCAGGGUUUCACCAUGAUACGUGGCUGGGCCAGGAGGGAGCGUUUCUGCUGGGAUGUGUGGAGAGCUGGCAGUCAGGUGGGUUUGCUUCUGGGGCUGUUUCAAAACCUGAGACCAGCAGCCCAGGGUCUCAUCUUCAGCCACCAAGGGGCUGGAUGUGGUGGCUUUGACUUCUCCAGCGCUGAUGCUGUCCAUGUUUUUGAAGCCCACGUAACUGAAGGGCUGCUCCUGUUGAGCCUGGCAGCUGCCAGAUUCUGCUGCCUCCCCUCCUGUCGGGGCAGAGGGAGGGCUGACCUGAGAUGUUGGGGUUUUCCCCCCAUUUCCCUACAUGCUUUUCCUCCAGACGCUGCCAGGGGACAGGAGAUCUGUGCUGCCUUGAAGCAGGGUGAUGGGCAACACCAGUGCUGCAACAUGACGGUGGAGCAGGAGGAGCGAGGGGACAGGACACUCAGCCCUGACCUGCCCCAGCGCUGCCAGGAGCUGGGGCGCUCAGGCAACCCCACAUGUGCCUGCCUGCGGGAGCGCUGGCUCAGGCUGCUGCAGGUGGUGGGGCCAGUGCUGCACAGUCACCUGGCUGGGGUGAAGGUGUUGCUCCUGAACGUCAGCAGGGCUGUCACCCAGGACGUCCUCAUCGCUUUUUCCCCCACGGAGCACCCCAGGAUCCUGAAUGUGACGGGGAAGGGGAAGGCAGGAAAAAUCUAUCUCCCUCGGGGGAUAUUCUGGUCCCUGAGCAGCCAGACAGUGCAUGUGGUGGUGACGGUCCUCAACAUCCCACAGCUGGGCAUGUUCCAGGAGGUCAACCAGACAGGGCAGGUCCUGGACGACACCAUGGUGGGCAUCACACUGGGAGAGAUGAGCAUUUCCGGUCUGCGGGACCCUGUGCAGCUCACCUUUGCCCAUGGGCGGCUGCCCCAUGGAAGCACCCCACAAUGUGUCUUCUGGGAUCCCAGCAAAGGGCAGGCAGGAGGCUGGAGCAGUAGCGGAUGUGACACACAGACCUGGGACAAGGGGAUACACUGCUCCUGUGACCAUCUCACCUUCUUCACCCUCCUCCUGAACCCAGCUCUGGAUAGGUCCACAGCACAAGCCCUGAUGGCUGUUGCCACUGCUGGUUGCGGGGUAGCUGUGGCUUUCUCCAUCUUCACCAUUGCCUUCUGCAUCUUCUUCAGGUAGGAUUUCAGGUCCGAGGAGACCCUGCAUCAAGCUGGGGCUGCAUGUAAACCUGGUGGGCCCCCUGCUCCUCCUCAACCUGGCCUUCCUGCUCAACAGCGGGCUCUCUGCUGGAACCCUGCCAGGGCCCU